AGCUUUGGAUUCGCUUUUUGCAAACUGCACCCGGUCCCACACCCAAGCUUUCACCACACACGCACGGCAGCCAUGCGGGCACCUUUUCUUCGUUUGAAUUCGAGAGGAGGGCUCCCCCUCUACCACCAUCCAGUGCGUUUGAACUGCGGCCGAGCGCUUCUCUUCUCCCACUCCGACGAACCUGCUAUAUAAUAGAGAUGACCUCCUCGAAGUUCUUCCCUUAUUUUGCCGACUCAUUUCUCUGCCUCUUAAGUGCAUUUCUGUAGUUCGAGGGAAGCUUGUUUUUUGUCCCCCUCGUUCGCUAUUGUUCUUUCAGUCCAUGGCGACGGCGUCAGCGUCAUCGUCGGAGGCCAUCGGGGCAGCCAAGGCGGAAGCUUCCGGGGGAGAAUGGCCGACGAUUGAUGAGCCGCAGCCGGGUGUUGUGUUGAAGAAGGCCAGAAAGGAGAGGGUUUGUACCGCCAAGGAGAGGAUCAGCAGGAUGCCGCCCUGCGCCGCCGGCAAGAGGAGCUCCAUAUACCGGGGUGUCACCAGGCAUAGAUGGACGGGAAGAUAUGAGGCUCACCUUUGGGAUAAAAGUACUUGGAAUCAAAAUCAAAAUAAAAAAGGAAAACAAGUCUAUUUAGGUGCAUACGAUGAUGAGGAGGCUGCUGCUAGAGCUUAUGAUCUUGCUGCAUUGAAAUAUUGGGGCGCUGGAACUCUUAUUAAUUUUCCUGUUAGUGAUUAUGCAAGGGAUUUGGAGGAGAUGCAGAUGGUUUCAAAAGAAGAUUACCUUGUAUCUCUUAGAAGAAAAAGCAGUGCUUUCUCGAGAGGGUUCACUAAAUUUCGUGGAAUCCAAAGACAACCUCAAAGCACCAGAUGGGAGGCACCUUUUGGCCAAAUGCUUGGAAACGAAUACUACAACUGCAGUACAAGUAGGGAUCCGACCACAGAAGGCAAGUAUGCUGGUGGUUUUGGCAUGGAAAGAAAAAUAGAUCUAACAAGCCAUAUACGGUGGUGGGCUCCAAAAAAAUCACGCCAGCCUGAGUCAGUCUCCAGCCAUGAAGAUGUGAGCAGAGAACUACGAGCUGUGGAGAGCUCUGUUCAAGCAACUGAGCCAUAUAAGCUUCCUCUUCUUGGCCUCCCACAAAAAGAGAAGUCUCAAGUCAGAGGAACAUCUGCCUGCAGCAUAUUAUCCAGAUCUGCAGCCUUCAAGAAUUUCAUGGAAAAAGCUUCACAAAUUCAGGAAAGUACUACCAGUAAAGAACCAGAUCAGGGGAAGUCAAUUCCACAUUUUUUUGCUAGCAGUGAACUUGAUAGUUCUGGUAUUUCAAUGGGAUUUGGUGAACUGCCAAUACAGAGAUCACAGUACUCUCUGUCUCCUCUCCUCACAGCUCCACUUAGGACAUCUUGGAAUCCUGUAGAUCCAAUUCCAGAUCCUGUUUUUUGGACCAGUCUUGUUCCACCAACUGGGCAGUCUCUCACAACAGCAGUUUCAUCCUUACCAACAAAUCCUGCUCUUUAGAUAUCUUUUGUGCUCUUAAUUACUUGUUUUCUUCUUAUAGUUCUGGUUGAAGCAUAUAAGAGCAAGGUGGGAUUGGGUUAUCAUAUAUUGUGAGAAGAUCCAACCCUAUUAGGUUUAAGUGUCUUUUGUAUUUUGUAAUUUGUAAUUUGUCCAGAGAAUAUCUUGAAUCAUGAAUCAGAAGUGUUUUAGAACAUUAAUUUGUACCAGCUCUAAAAAUGUAUCUUGUAUUUAUAACAAUAAGGAAAUGCAGUAUCUUGGUGGUUUAAUUUGAGUUUA